AAAAAGGGGUAAAGAAAAAUGUUCUCUACAUAUAUGUGCAGUCGGAAGAGGCGGGAAAAUGGUAAAAACCCUAGUUCGGAUUGAGCAUCGGUCGUUCCACUCGUUAAUUUCUACUUGAUUUUUCCACCAAUCCACGCAAAUGGGGAUAAAGGGUUUAACGAAGCUUCUAGCGGACAAUGCCCCGAAGGCCAUGAAAGAGCAGAAAUUCGAGAGUUAUUUUGGUCGGAAAAUCGCCAUCGAUGCUAGCAUGAGCAUCUACCAGUUUCUGAUUGUCGUCGGAAGAAGUGGGACAGAAAUGCUGACUAAUGAGGCUGGUGAUGUGACUAGCCAUUUGCAAGGAAUGUUCAAUCGGACUAUUAGGCUUCUGGAAUCUGGAUUGAAGCCAGUCUAUGUUUUUGAUGGGGCACCUCCCGAUUUGAAGAAACAAGAACUUGCAAAAAGAUACUCAAGGAGAGAAGAUGCAACAGCCGAGUUAGAUGAGGCUAUUAAGGCUGGCAAUAAGGAAGACAUUGAGAAAUUUAGUAAACGUACUGUGAAGGUAACAAGACAACAUAAUGAGGAUUGCAAAAAACUUCUAAGGCUUAUGGGAGUGCCUGUUAUUGAGGCCCCAUCUGAAGCAGAGGCACAAUGUGCUGCUCUUUGCAAAGCUGAUAAGGUGUAUGCUGUUGCCUCUGAAGAUAUGGAUUCUCUUACUUUUGGAGCACCAAAAUUUCUUAGACAUUUAAUGGAUCCUGCUUCAAGAAAAAUCCCCGUGAUGGAAUUUGACGUUUCCAAGGUUUUGGAGGAACUGAACCUUACAAUGGAUCAAUUCAUUGAUCUCUGUAUCCUUUGUGGAUGUGAUUAUUGUGACAGUAUUAGAGGUAUUGGUGGGCAGACAGCUUUGAAGCUCAUUCGUCAACACGGGUCAAUAGAAACUAUCCUUGAAAAUAUAAACAAAGAAAGAUAUCAAAUACCUGAGAAUUGGCCAUAUCAAGAGGCCAGACGCCUUUUCAAAGAGCCUUUGGUUUGUGUUGAUGAUGAACAGCUUGAACUUAAAUGGACUUCUCCAGAUGAAGAAGGUUUGUUAAACUUCUUGGUGACUGAAAAUGGGUUCAACAGUGACAGAGUCACAAAGGCAGUAGAGAAAAUAAAAGCUUCCAAGAACAAGUCGUCACAAAAUCGAUUAGAAUCAUUCUUUAAACCAGUUGUUAGCACUUCUGUUCCCAUUAAGAGAAAGGAAACGAAUGAAAAAGCUGCAAAAGAACCAGCCAACAAAAAAGCGAAGGGUGGAGCUGGUAGAAAAAAGAAAUAGGUGGUGCUUCUGUUGUAUGCUUGAUGUCCCUCCAACUUUGAUGAUUUUUUUUUUUUAAUAUUUUGUUUUGUAAUAUUAAGAAGUUUCUAGUUUCUAUGAUAAUUUCGCUCUAAAAUCGAGGUAUCAUGUUAUCGUUUACUGAAACAACUUUUUUUUACAUCAGUAAUAUUGACGUCCGUGUAGAGUAAAAGUGUACUUUGCAUGUUUCUUUC